CAAACCUACAACUGAGAUAACAGCAGACUUUACAACAGUAGAAGAUACAACAGUAGAAGAUACAACAGUAGAAGAUACAACAGUAGAAGUUUCAACAGUAGAAGAUACAACAGUAGAAGUUACAACAGUAGAAGAUACAACAGUAGAAGAUACAACAGUAGAAGUUACAACAGUAGAAGUUUCAACAGUAGAAGAUACAACAGUAGAAGAUACAACAGUAGAAGUUACAACAGUAGAAGUUACAACAGUAGAAGUUACAACAGUAGAAAUUACAACAGUAGAAACUACAAGAGUAGAAGUUACAACAGUAGAAAUUACAACAGUAGAAACUACAAGAGUAGAAGUUACAAGAGUAGUAGACGAAGAACCUGAUAAAUAAAUACCAUGGAUAUUGAUGAUUGUAUAUAUGCCAAUCAAAGAACCAUCAUGUCCUGCAAGAAGGAUGGAGUUGGUGAUCAACGUUCAGUGUGGAAGAGAAGUUUCCUAGCUGCUGCAGUGUGUCUGGGGCUGCUGUGUGUUCUCCUAUUGGCUGGGAUCAUAGGCCUGUUACUCUACCAGAGAAACCUAUUGAACAGUUACAACAACCUGACUGCAGAGAGAGACCAGCUACAGACCAGUUUCAACACCCUGACCAAAGAGAGAGACCAGCUACAGACCAGCUACAACAACCUGACCAAAGAGAGAGACCAGCUACAGACCUGUAAUAAAUAUGGCACAUGUCCCCAAGACUGGAUAAGGUCUUGCUGCAGUUGUUACUACAUCUCCCCUGAUGAGAAAACGUGGGAAGACAGCAGAAAGGACUGUCAGACGAGAGGAGCAAACCUGGUGAUCAUCAACAGCAGAGAGGAACAGGCUUUCAUCAAAGCGUUCAACAAAAGAGCCUGGUUUGGUCUGACGGACAAAGAAGUUGAGGGAACCUGGAGAUGGGUGGACGACACACCACUGACCACAAGUUACUGGACCAAAGGGGAGCCAAAUGAUUUGAAAGGAGAAGACUGCGCUUUGGUUGAUAACACUCAAAAGGACCCAGUAGUGGCUUGGAAUGAUGUGCCAUGUAACCACACAAAUAGUUGGAUCUGUGAAAGGCAGGUGUGUUAAGUCUA